UUUGAAAAAUGUCAAAUUUGUAAAUAUAACCUAAAAGAGAGCCUAAAGAAUAAAUGAUGUUAAAAAAUUAGACCGCAAAUUCAACAAAAACACAUUGAUUAUUAUUUAAAAAUGGCAUUCCAAUCGGACGGAAUGUUUCCUGCAAAUCAUAAAACAGUAUUUGUCUUAGAUCACACACCAUAUUUUGGUAUUUCAUGUGAUAGCUUAAUCGAAUUUGAAUUUUUGAAAACAAGAGGUACCGCAAUAAUCCCAUUAACGCCAAUAUGUAAAUCUUUGUGGACGUGUUCGGUUGAAUCAGCAAUCGAAUACUGUCGAAUUGUUUGGGAUUUAUUUCCUCAAGGGAAAUUAGUUCGAUUUAUAGUCAGUGAUACAAUUGCACACAUUUUAAAUACAUGGAAUCCUCAAACACAAAAUUUAACGCAUAUAAUGAACGCUAUGUCUAUGAUCGGAAUACCACCCAGAAGCGUUCCUGCAAAUGUAGAAUUAUCGGUUUUGCAUGGAUUGCGAGCUGCUGUGGAAGCGCUCUCAGAAUUAACAGAUAUUCAAAAAACACAUUUGAAUAACCCGGAUAAUAAACAGCCAAAGCUAUUGAACAAUACACGAGUGAUCUGUGUUACUUCAGCUCGUGACGAUGAAAGUAUGAAAAGUUUAGAAGAAAUUUUUCAUAAUGUUUUAAUAACUCAAAAUAAACUUUUAGCUGGGAAUGAGAAUGCUUUAAUAAUAAAUCAUUGUCAUCUAGUGAUUAUUAACAUCAGUCCUAAUAAUAUGGAUUCACCUGUAUCAAAUCAUCCGCCUAAAGAGCUCUCAUCAAUUCUUACAACCGAAGUACAUUCAAUAAAAGCUCCCACAAUUUCAAUGAAAUUAUCUCACUUAAUUCUUCAACACUACGAUUUGGCAAGUACAACCGUUACUGGAAUUCCUAUGAAAGAAGAACAAAAUGCUAGCUCUUCAGCAAAUUACGAUGUUGAAAUAUAUCAUGCUAGUGCAGCGCACACAGCAAUAUUAAAAGGCAAUACAGCUGAUACAGCUAUGAUAAAAAAUUUACGUGAAGGAUUUGAAUAUGAAACAGUUACACUAAAAUGGUGUACACCACGAGGUUGUAGCGCUCAAGAAAUGCAAAAUUGUACAGCAAUGCAUCGAAUAACACCUGUUGAUGUCAAUUCACGGCCGUCUUCAUGUUUAAUCAAUUUUUUACUAAACGGUCGAUCCGUAAUGUUGGAAAUGCCACGGAAAUCGGGUGGAAAAAUUAUUAGCCACUUGCUAGCGGCGCAUGGUGGGGAAAUUUUUAUCCAUACGCUAUAUACAGCUAGAUCUGUAUUGGAAGAUCCACCAUCUAUAUCAGAAGGACCAGGUGGUCGUGUUACAGAUUAUAGAAUCACCGAUUUUGGUACAUUUAUACAAAAUAAUAAAUUAGUACCGAUGAAAUGUAAAACAGAAGAUAGUGGAACGCCGGUGGAAAAGAUGUUAGCCCGAUUAGAUAGGCAGACAAAAUAUUGGCCGAUUACAAUUAGUUCUACAUUAGUUUUUAAUUUAAAAAAUUAUAUUGAUCCAUUACCGCAAUUAAUGACUAAAGAUACAUUAAACGAUGAAGAAGUUGUACAAUGUAAACAAGUUAUCUACAAUUUAAUUGGUUUGGAAUCAAAACAUGAACCAUUACAUUUAAUAAACGUUGGACAUCGAAUCAAAGGUCAAAAACGUGAAGAUCAAUAUAAAGUUUUAUGGUCAGAAAUUGAAACGUUAUUAAAAAAUAAUUGUCACACGAAAAAUCAUACAGCAGUCUAUAAUUGUCUGUUGGAAUGCCAUAAAUUUCCAGUUGAAGAAACUGAAGCGAAAAUAUCCGAUAAAGUUGAGUUAGAUCAAGCCCUCCGAGAAUUGGAUCAACUUGGUAAACCAGACGUUCCAGAUCAACUUGCAAGAGCAUCAGUUAUCCGUGCUACAACUGAUUCGCCAAUGUCACCACCGCCAUUAACAAGUAUUUCGACGAAUGGUACAAAGAAUACAUCACGAACAUCCUCGAGUUCAAUAUAUGGCGGACCAAAAUCAUUCCUUGAUAUUUUUCUCGGUAUGGAAAAAGUUCAACAACGCACUGAAUUUCAUGGACGUCUUGCAGCAGAUGGGCCAGUUGCUAAAUUAUAUCCAAAUUUAAAUUUAGAUAAAGAUCGUGGUCCAAAACCAGAUGUCUCCAUGGAGGUGGAAUAAUGUCUUAAUAGGUAUAAGUUACAAGUGUCUUUAAAAUAAAUAAUUGUAAGCUCAAAAAUAUGUA